AUGGCUGUUUCUUUGCUGUUUCUUCACUGGCUCCUCACUUCUGUGCUCUGUCUGCUGCCCUUCAUAACACAGGUUUCAGCACAGCAACAAGGAUGUUCUGUCAGUAAUAGCAAUCCAACUGUUUAUGAAAAUAACCCUCCUGGCUACGUGGUGACCACUAUCCGUAUGGGACCAAACUUCACUGUACAGAUUGAUCCUGCUUCCUCCGAUGUCAGUUUUUUUGCUCUACAGGGGAACGAGCUGCAGCUGAUCCGAAGUGUGGACUAUGAGAAAGACACCUUGCUGCUGGUGAGCCUGAUUUGUCAGAACGCUGCUGGGCAGAGGAAUUCUUUGGAUCUUCAUGUGAUCAUUCUCAACAUGAACGAUAACAGCCCAGUGUUUAAGCAAACGAAUCUCACCAAAGUUAUUCCUGAGGAUACAAAAGUGAAUGCAACCAUUGUAGACCGUGAACAUUUAAGCGCUAGCGAUGCUGACCUGGAAACCAUAUUUUAUGAACUCACAACAACAGUGCCGGACACAAACGGUUAUUUUGCCAUAAAAGGAGUUAAUAACCCAGAAAUUUAUUUACAAAAAGCAUUGGACUAUGAGAAAUUUAACUCGACAACGUUGGUCUUGUAUGCAAGGGACAGGCCUGUGAACAGCCUCGACACCACCAACACAGCUACUGCAAUAAUAAACAUAUUUAUUGAACAAGCUGACACCAGAUCACCCUGGUUCCUACCCUGUAAUUUCAUUAACAGGGACAAAAGCAUUUGCAUCAGCAGCCCCUAUACUGGGAGGGUCAAUAUCUCAGAGAUCUCGACGGAACCACUCGUCCUAGAGCCGGGGCCUAUCUGUGCUAUUGAUCCUGACUACAUGUUAAACGAAAAAAUCGUGUACAGUAUUGUUGGUGGGGAUGCAGACAAAGUAUUCUCAGUGGAUGCAGACACAGGGAAUCUAACUAUGAACAAAGCAGCAACUUCCCCAGACUCGUACCUAUUGCAAGUCAUGGCCACCCAGGUCAACAACAUACAGAAAUACUCCAUAGCCACUGUAGAGAUUAAGGUCAUCAAUAAAAGUCAUUAUGCACCAUACUUUGAAAGCAGGAUCUACAACGGGACAGUAUUUGUUGGUCUGGCCCCAAGAAGCUUUGUCCUCCAAGCUGGUGAUCCUUCAAGCCCCCUGAUGAUAACAGCAGCAGAUAAUGAUUUCCCCAAUAAAGUCAACCCAAACAUUGAGUACUACAUAAAAAAGAGCACCGAUUUCAUCGCAACCAAAGAUGGACUCAUCCUGACAAACGUGACGCUGCAGUCACCGGGAACUGUAACCAUCGAGGCUGUUGGAAAAGAUACGGUGAGCCUGCAGGAGGCAAGCACUGUAAUCGUGGUGGACAUCGUCGUUGACACAGCUGUAACCUCCUCUGGUAAGACAUACACGGCUCGGGACAUGGCUAUCUUAGGUGGUAUAUUAGCAGCACUGCUAUUAAUUGCCUUAGUUGUCCUUGGAGUGAUGCUACUUAAAAGGCAUGGAAAACCAGUCAAAUACCUGAUAAAGAAAAAGAUCUCCAAGGAAAUCUCUGGGAGUUACCGGAACCAAUCUCACAAGCAAGAUGAACACCCAGAUGUGAGCACCAAACAGCACGAGACGUCAGAAAAUGGCAGUGUCCAGUCGAUGACACAUGUGCCACCACUUUUCUUGCCUUCUUCCAAUGCAGAAGAAAUUGAUAACUUCCCAAAGUCUUCUACAGCUUCCACCAUCAUCUUUGACCAGGAAGAGAGACAGGAAGAAGUGGAAGAAGAGACUGAGCAUGAGAAAGAAGUGAAGUCUAUCCUCAAGACAGACAGGCACAUGGCAGAUAAUGGCUACAAAGCUGUGUGGUUUAAGACUGAUGUGGAUCCAGAUGCUGGAGAGAGGGUUGAAGUGAUUGAGGACAAUGCAGCAGAUGAUGAUGAUGACAGCAACCACGAUCUGCAGAAGAAUGAGGAGGAGGAGGACGAGGAUGAGGACAAGGAAGAAGAAGAUUAUGACAAGGACUAUCACCACGGAGGGCUGGGAGUGUCCUUUGCCUCAGAGAGCUCAUCACUCCCAGCUGCAGAAGUGAUAGUCAACAUGUCUUGCAUAGACGGAGUGACAGAAGACGCCAGUGAUGUACAAUGA